AUGGGAAGGAGCGAAGUGGACAGGAAAAUUGAAAAAUUGAUUGUGGAGGUGGAGAAAAAUCCUGGUCUAUACGACAAGAGUUCAGAACUUUUCAAAGAUGCUCUCAAAAAGGAUGACAUCUGGAGAACGAUUUUAGAUAGAGUUGGAUUUAAUAGUGUCAAGGAAGUGAAACAAAAAUGGAAGACAGUACGGGAUAACUACAGGAGAUAUCUAAAUGCCACGAAGACAAAGAGCGGACAAGCAGCAAAGGCAGUGACCCAGUACAAGUAUGCUGGGCUCCUAGAGUUCCUCAAGCCUUCCUUGGAUGAUCGUGAAACAACAAGCAACCUUGGUCAAGAUACCCAAGAACUAGAUGAGGUUGAUGACGAUGGUAUCGCAGCGGAAGAGGAUGCCAGAUCAUCUGAUUGUGAGAAUGAGGACAUCUCUGUCUCUGUGGCAUCAGCGAGUAGUGUUUCCCGUUCAAGCACUCCCACGCCCUUUCGCAAUCCAUCGGCAUCGUCAAGUAAGAAGCGGAAGUCAAAGGAUGAAUUCGACGAAGUAGUUUCCGAUUUUUUUUCGGAGAAAAAGAAGCAACUCCAACAAAACCGUAAUGUACCUCUUGCACAGCCGAAGGAGGAACUUGAUGACAUCGAUAGAUUUAUGAAGUCAAUGGGCGACAUUGUUCGUACGCUGCCAGCACGAGCUGUAGCCGACAUCAAGUUCAAGAUUCAUGGAAUUGUCCACGAGGCUCAAAUGAGGCAUGUGUUUCCUGCUGAUGAGGUUCAUUUCAAUAGGCAUCAGAAGAGUGCAUCUAACCCUGUACCUGCUUUUCAGAGUGGUCAAAACACUUCCCAACAAUUUGGCCAACGUUUCGGAAGCAAUCAGCCAUCUCCAUCUUGCACAGUGAGCAGGCCCAUGACCACCAACGAGUCUCAGCAGCAAUGGUCAUUGCUUUAA